AAGUUUCCUCAAGCGCUCUGUCCAAUCUGAAGCUAGUCCCGGCGCCCAGAGAGCGCGCUCAUUGGCUUAGGGGGGGCCCCACCCCCUUGCCGUCCAGUCGCUGCUGUCCGCAGCGCGUUAGGCUGCGCGGCUCGGAGGCUGCCACUUGCCUUCGGGCUUUCGUCGGUGGAGACGGGCCUGUGCCCGGUUUGCGAGCCUUUCCCAAGAUGUCUGAAGGAGAAGCCAAGCAGGUGCCCAGUAGCGGCUCAGACACGAAGCCGGACUCGGGGCCUGGCCUGGCCUCCUUGUCACCGCCCAUGGCUUCUUCUGCCCCCCAAGAGGAGGAAGAGGAGGAGAGUGAGGACGAGUCAGAGAUCCUGGAAGAGUCGCCCUGUGGAAGGUGGCAGAAGAGGCGGGAAGAGGUAAAUCAGCGCAAUGUUCCUGGGAUUGACAGUGCCUACCUGGCGAUGGAUACUGAAGAAGGUGUGGAAGUUGUAUGGAAUGAGGUUCAGUUUUCGGAGCGCAAGAAUUUUAAGCUUCAGGAGGAGAAGGUCAAAGCUGUCUUUGACAAUCUAAUCCAGCUGGAACAUCUGAAUAUUGUCAAAUUCCACAAGUACUGGGCUGAUGUGAAGGAGAACAAGGCCAGGGUGAUCUUCAUUACAGAGUACAUGUCCUCUGGCAGCCUGAAGCAGUUUCUGAAGAAAACAAAGAAGAACCACAAGACUAUGAAUGAAAAGGCUUGGAAGCGUUGGUGUACCCAAAUCCUUUCUGCUCUCAGUUACCUCCACUCCUGUGACCCCCCGAUUAUUCAUGGAAACUUGACUUGUGACACCAUCUUUAUCCAGCACAAUGGGCUGAUCAAGAUCGGGUCAGUCUUUCAUAGGAUUUUUGCUAAUGUUGCCCCAGAUACCAUCAACAAUCAUGUGAAGACGUGUCGUGAGGAGCAGAAGAACCUGCACUUUUUUGCUCCAGAGUAUGGCGAAGUUGCACACGUGACCACCGCCGUGGAUAUCUACUCCUUUGGGAUGUGCGCACUGGAGAUGGCAGUGCUGGAGAUACAGGGAAAUGGUGAAUCAUCCUAUGUGCCCCAAGAAGCAAUUAACAAUGCCAUUCAGUUGCUGGAGGACCCCUUGCAACGGGAGUUUAUUCAGAAGUGCCUGGAGCUGCAGCCGAGUAAGCGUCCCACAGCUCGUGAGCUCCUGUUUCAUCAGGCCCUGUUUGAAGUGCCCUCUCUGAAGCUCCUGGCAGCACACUGCAUUGUGGGCCAUCAGCACAUGAUCCCCGAGAAUGCACUAGAAGAAAUGACUAAGAACUUGGACAUGAGUGCUGUACUGGCUGAGAUCAACCAUGCUGACCGCGAGGGCAUCCGCAUGAUCUUCUCGCAGUCCCCAGCGCUGGAGCUAGACAAAUUUUUGGAGGAUGUAAGGAAUGGUAUCUACCCUCUCACUGCCUUCGGCCUGCCUCGACCUCAGCAGCCACAGCAAGAGGUAGUGAAAUCCCCCAUCGCGCCCCCAUCAGUUAAGACACCAACUCCAGAACCUGCUGAGGUGGAGACUCGCAAGGUGGUGUUGAUGCAGUGCAACAUUGAGUCAGUGGAGGAGGGCGUGAAACAUCAUUUAACACUGCUGCUGAAACUGGAAGACAAAUUGAAUCGACACCUAAGCUGUGACCUGUUACCCAAUGACAAUAUCCAGGAACUGGCAGCAGAAUUGGUCCAGCUGGGAUUCAUCAGUGAGGCCGAUCAGAGCCGACUAAGCUGUUUACUUGAAGAGGCAUUCAGCAAGUUCUUCUACUCACGGAACGGUGCACUAGCGGCGGUCACCGUGUCGUCUUAAGGGCUGCCCCGUUACCACCGGCAUCCCUGCUCUGCGUCUCUGCAUCUGUGUAGGAUAACACCCGAGGCCUGCCGCCUCCACUGACACCAUGCUUGGUUGUGCCUCCCGCAUGUGUUGUAGCUGUGUCUCGCAGACAAUCGCUGCCACCGUUGGGGGGGGAGGGGGGGCAAGGCAAAGUGGGGAGGCUGCAUGCCUCAUCAGUAUUAUUUUCCUGUGGCCAACGGCCUCCCCCAGGCUCACACGCAUGGAGUUUUGUUUUGCUUGAAUUGUACAGAGGUUUUUUUUUUGCACAGCACAGAGAUGUCUGUCUUUAUUUAAAGGUUUAGGAGGGAGGGAGGGAGAAAUCAGAUUCCAACCCAUGUGCUGCCUCUAGACCCACAGGCACUCCAGCUUCUUCCCCUGUCCACCAUGGCUUCGCCAGCAAGGAGAGGCUGUCUUUGGACUGUGCUGCUUGUUUGGGUCAUGCAAAAGUGAGGCCCUGUUUGGAGGGGGGGGGGGGAGAAGCAGGCAGUCAUGAAGGUAGAGCAGCGCUUAAGGUUUCAGGUGCAAAAGGCAGCAGGUUGGGGAGCCCAGGAUACCACCUGGGGCUAGAUGGCUCUGGAUCUGUGGCACUGUCUCCCUCUCCUAGCUUCUUAGUCUGGUUCCUGCAAGCUGGGCCCUCUCUACCCCCCUCCACAGCAGGGCAGUGAAAUGUGCCCCCCUCCCUUUUCCUGCGCUGGGGCCUCUCCAAGUGUCAUUUCUGUUCCUAUUUUUAAUAAACUUUUUUGUAAAUAA